UUAUGAGAUAAGUAGAAAUAGCCUCACACUCUCACUCCUUUCUUUAAACCCCUUUUCCCUCAUUUUCUCUCUCCUCGACCCUAGUCCUUUGCUCAGCGGCAACUGCCGUCCACCUCUUUCUCUCUCCUCUCAUCUCCAUUUCUUCAUCUUCUUUAAGAUGAAUGUCGAGAAGCUCAAGAAGAUGGCCGGUGCGGUCCGCACUGGUGGAAAGGGUAGCGUGAGAAGAAAGAAGAAGGCCGUCCACAAAACUACCACUACAGAUGACAAAAGGUUGCAGAGCACCUUGAAAAGAAUAGGUGUGAACGCUAUCCCUCAAAUCGAAGAAGUGAAUAUCUUCAAGGAUGAUCAAGUUAUACAGUUUGUUAACCCUAAAGUUCAAGCAUCUAUUGCCGCUAAUACCUGGGUUGUAAGUGGUACACCACAAACCAAGAAAUUGCAAGAUAUCCUUCCUGGAAUCAUCAAUCAAUUGGGACCUGAUAACUUGGACAACUUGAGGAAGUUGGCCGAGCAGUUCCAGAACAGGGCACCUAAUGUUAAUGCUGAUGGAGCUGGAGCUAAUGUUGCUGAGGAUGACGAUGAUGAGGUUCCCGAGCUUGUUGCUGGUGAGACCUUCGAAGCAACUGCAGAGGAAGAGCAGAAGUCUUGAUCUGUUAGAUGAUUUUGUGUCCUGUUUUAUUUUUAAAAAAUAUUUCUGCUUCCUCUUGCCCCCCCCCCCCCCCCUUUUUGUUUAUUUUAGCAAUUUUGCUGAAUCUCCUUCAAACAAUUAGUUAAGCAAUGUGUAUUGUGACUGGAGGCAAGUUAGUUUUACCAAGCUAGAUUGAGUUUCAUCCGCAGCUCUAUAGCAAUGAUUUUGAAUUUGUCCUUUUUUGUUACAAAUCUGAUGUGAUUCUUAUCUUUGCCUGGCUAAAGAGAACUUGUUGGCACCUAUCUUUUAUGUGAAAAAUAUUAUUAUGCUGUUUUUCCUAUUA